GAAUAGAUCAAGGGGAAAUGGUAAUUACGUAUACAAAUGCUUUGAAUAUGGACCUGAAGCAUAUGGAGAGGACAUUUUAUAUUGAGAAGCUACCGCAGAUGACUCCAGCAAUGGUAGGAAAUGGUGAGAGUGAUACACCAGGAAGUCAAUAUCAGAAAGGAGUGAAGCAGCUUGUUGAUAAUGGCCUUCACACUAUACCUAAAAGAUACAUACUUCCACCUUCUGAUCGACCUGCUACAAACUCAGAAGAUUCAAAUGUUGUCAAGCAAAACCUUGAGCUACCCAUCAUUGAUUUUUCUGAAUUACUUGGUCCAAAAAGGCAACAAGUCCUUCAAUCCCUAGCCAAUGCUUGUGAAGAGUACGGUUUUUUUCAGCUGGUAAACCAUGGUAUCUCUGAUGAUGUUAUCAGCAGCAUGAGGGAUGUGAGUGGAAGGUUCUUUGAUCUUCCUUUUGAGGAAAGAGCAAAGUACAUGACAACUGAUAUGCGAGCACCUGUUCGAUGUGGAACCAGCUUCAGCCAAACCAAAGACACUGUAUUGUGUUGGAGAGACUUCUUGAAACUCCUCUGUCAUCCUUUACCUGAUUUCCUCCCUCAUUGGCCAGCUUCCCCUUUAGACUUUAGGAAAGUGGUGGCUACCUACGCUGAAGAAACCAGAGACUUGUUCCUGAUGUUGAUGGAAGCCAUCCAAGAGAGUUUAGGAAUCAUUGAAGGAAACGAAGAAGAAGAGACAGAAGAAAAAGACAAUAUUCUGAAAGACUUGGAAGAUGGGAGCCAGAUGAUGGUGUUCAAUCUAUAUCCACCAUGCCCUGAACCUGAUCUAACCUUGGGGAUGCCCCCUCACUCUGAUUAUGGAUUCCUCACACUCCUCCUCCAAGACCAGGUCCAGGGUUUGCAGGUACAUUUCCAAGGUCAAUGGUUCACUGUUCAACCUAUCAAUAACGCUUUCGUUGUCAAUGUUGGUGAUCACUUAGAGAUAUACAGCAAUGGGAAGUACAAGAGCGUGUUGCACAGGGUCAUGGUUAAUGCAGAGAAGAAAAGAACAUCAGUGGCUUCUCUCCAUAGCCUUCCUUUCAACUGCACUGUAAGACCGUCACCAAAACUCAUUGACCAAGCCAAUCCCAAACGUUACGCAGACACCAAUUUCCAUACUUUUCUUGCCUACGUUUCCACCAGAGAGUCCAAGCGAAAGGAUUUUCUCGACUCCAGGAAAUUGACUUCUACUUGUCUCCAAGAAGAAAAUAAUUUUCAUUAG